UCGCUGGUACAGAGACUGACCAUUUAUUGUGUCCGGUUGCCUAUUUUGUGAUUUGGACCGAUUGGACAGUGAGCACUCUGAAAACCGACGUAAAAAGAGCCGUAGUAAAUGGAUAACAGCAACACUGCAGAGGGUGGACAGACAGGAGCUAAAUAGGUCAUAGGCCAAACAAAGGUGCCGAAGUAUGCAGGGGACAUGCCAGAUGAAGAUGUAGAUCAUAAUCCAGAUGCAGCACCCCCUGAGCCUACAGCACCUACUCUGGAUGGGUUGAGCCCAAUACCUGGGUACCAGAAUAUUGGAUUCUCUGGAGAUUUUUUACCGCCUCCACCAUUUGAAGAUGUAGUACAGCCACCUGAAGAAAGAAAAGAUAUCACCAACCUAUCAGUUAUAUCAGAAGAUGAGGCCAGACAAGCAUUGAGAUUGUAUGUUGGAGAGAACUGUUGCUUUGGUAAAAAGACCGUAGAAGAAUUAACAUUUACUGAAUUACAGUCAUCUAACGCAUUUCAUUAUGAAUUAGACACAUACACAGAAGCCAGAUCAACAGAGUGGACUUUUGUACCAUACACGGGAGGACCAUUAGAUGGACCAGAGAACGGACCAGCCCCUGGACCAUGGGAUAUACCUGCUCAGUGUAAAAAAUUGUUUAAAGAUGAAAAGAGAGAAUCAGAAGUUCCUCAUACAGCUACAACUAAGCCUUGCCACAAUUGUUUUGCAGUUGGUUUUAUUAGAUGUUGGCAUUGCCAUGGUAGAGGACAGAAUAGAUGUACAAGUUGUUCUGGAUCUGGGAAAAGAAUGGAUGAUGAAGAAGCAUGCCCAUUUUGUAAUGGUACAGGUAAAAGAGAUUGUUUGACCUGUCACAGUAAAGGCAAUGUUAUUUGUAAAAUAUGUCAAGGUCAUAGAAUACUCAAAUACUUCAUACAACUGACCAUUAAAUGGCAUAAGCACGAUGACAACCACAUUGUAGAAAGAACCAGUUUACCUGACAAACUUGUAAAGAAGGUGGAAGGACAGACUGCAUUUGAAGAAACUUAUCCUAGGGUAUAUCCAAUCCAACAUUUUGCAGAGCAAGAAAUCAAUAAUGCAUCAGCUAGUCUUAUAUCUAAACACCAGUAUUCCAUGGAGAGAAUUCUCAUGCAGAGACACAGAGUACGGAUAGUACCAGUGACAGUUUGUCGUUACAAAUGGGACGAUACAGACUCUGACUUUAUAGUGUAUGGAUUAGACAAGAAAGUUCAUGCUCCUGACUAUCCUCAGCAAAGCUGUUUUGGCUGUUCUAUCUUAUAGAAUUAAAGAAGGAACUAAAUAGGAUAUUUUUUCUGUAUAUUUCCAACUGUAUCAAAUGUUUUGAGGGAUGUAUUUUCUAUGUUAUAGAGUAAAAGAUAUAUUACUUUUUUAACCAAGCACACAAUAAAUUAAGUAACCUGUAAAAGUUCUAAAAUUGAAAUCCAGAAAAUUUAUAGCCCCAACCUGCAGAUGCUCAAAUAUGGUCAAUAUUCUGAAUUUCAGUUUACAUAUAUAUACUUAAAUUACAUAAAACUUACUGAAGUUUUUUAUGCCCCACCUACGAUAGUAGAGGGGCAUUAUGUUUUCUGUUAUGUGCGUGUGUCCAAUCGUUCGUCUGUCCGUUCGUUCGUCUGUGCGUUCGUCCGUCUGUCCCGCUUCAGGUUAAAGUUUUUGGUCAAGGUAGUUUUUGAUGAAUUUGAAGUCCAAUCAACUUGAAACUUAGUACACAUGUUCCUUAUGAUAUGAUCUUUCUAAUGUUUAUGCCUAAUUUUAUUUUUUAUCCAGUUUCAUGGUCCAUUGAACAUGGAAAAUGAUAGUGCGAGUGGGGCAUCUGGUACUUUGGACACAUUCUUGUUUCCUCUGAAAUAGGUAUUUUACAAUUGGGAACAAAAAUAACCAUGGCUUUCAGUGUUUUGUUCAAUUUCAGUAUAAGUCAACAUUUUUUAGUAUUUUUUAAUGACAUUAUAUUCAUCUGACCAUUUUCCAUUCAAUUAGUUUUCUAACUGAUUUUGUUCGUGUGUUUCAUUCUAUGCUCAAUUUGGUUAUUUGUUAAAGCCUUGUUAUAUGUAUACAUGUAGAAAUGGAAAGUAAAUGUUUUAAAUUUCAUUUAAUAACAGGGUAGGCCCAAAUGAUAUAUAACAAAAUAUAUUUUUAACUCCUUUGUAAUAGCAUAACAUGUAACAUAUUAUUACAACUAUAUUUCAUAUCUUAAAUUCUGUUUUUUUUUUUUCAUAUUAUCACACAAAAUUGGGGUAUCCAUGCUAAAUCUGUAAAAAAAAUAUCGUAACCAAUUUUUUUUAUUAUACUUUUGAAAAAACUACAUUUUGACAAUUUUUUUCUUCUAUCUUCAUCGUUCCUACUGCAUUAUGCAUGUCAGAAUUGUUUUUACUUAAAUGGGAAAAAAAGUAUUUGUUCUUGGCAUCUUACUGAUAAUCAUGACCAUUAUGUUUAUUAUAUUUUUUUAAGGCCUUCAAUGUUUAGUUUUUGUUAGGAUUGUGAAAUGUAAUUUUUAGAUAUGAAUAUUUUUUUUACACAUUUCUGUUUUUGUUUAAUUGUUGCCUCUUUCAUUACCAUCUCCAUGUUAUUUCUCUGUUAAUUUUACAGUGUUAAAUGUUCUUCAUCUAUGAAGUUUUUAUGUGGUAUUGAUUUUGAAAGAGGGUUUUUAUAAGAGUUUUUUUUAUAUAAAUGUAUCAAUUUUUAAGAACUGCUGAACUGAACUUAACAUCAACAUGUACUAUCCAUUGGCGGAUCCAGGGGGGGAUGUUCUGGGGGGUGGAACCCCCUCUUUUUUGGACGAACAAUGCAUUUGAAUGGGAGCAUACAGUUGGAACCCCCCCUUUUUAAAAUGGCUGGAUCCGCCCCUGCUAUCGAUAUUUUUAUGUGUAUCUUCUGUAUUCUAGUUUAUGGACCUAAAUAACACAGAUAAAUUAUUCAAACACACAAAAUAUUUAUAUCAUAGGACUGAAUUUACUACUGUUUGUUUGGAAUAUCCAGUAUUAAUUAUCAUUGAUAUUGUUAUAUUUAUAAAUUAACUGUUUACCAAAAAUUGAAUUUUUUGAAAUACUAAGGCUUUUCUACCUCAGGCAUAGAUUACCUUAGCUGUAUUUGGCUACACUUUUAGGAAUUUUUUAUCUCAAUGCUCUUCAACUUUGUACUUCAUUUGGCUUUUUUUUAAAACUUUUAUUGGAUUCGAGCGUUACUGAUGAGUUUUUUGUAGACGAAACGCGUGUCUGCAGGCCUAUAUAUAAAUUUUAGUCGUGGUAUCUAUGAUGAGUUUAUUUACCUUAGCUGAUUUCUCAAAACCUUUAAGAAUUUUUGGACUUCAAUGCUCUUCAACCUUCUACAUUAUAUUGGCCUUUUUUACUUGUUUGAUUUAUAUGUCACAGAUGAGUCUUUUGAGGUUGAAACGUGAAUGUGGCAAACAAAUUUUAAUAUUCUUUUUAUGAUGAUUUUAUUUGAUAGACAACUCUAUUUGUCUAAAAAAAAAAUGUAAGAUUUAAAAUCAGAUUGUCAAAUUAAUUAAAACCAAUUAAUUACCCAAAAAAUAUAUAAAUAAAAAAAUGAACACCUGGCGUAAAACUUAUUGAAAAUACCAUUAAAACAUUUCUGAUAUUGAAUGUAAAGCAAAUAUGUUCAGUUAAGAACACUUAUGUCUUUUCACUGUACAUUGAAAUAAAAUUCUCAAGUGAACAAACCUUGUUAUGUGGUAUGUCUGUCUGUGUUUUAUAUAAGAAUGUAUGAUCAACUAUUGAUGUCUAUAUGUGUGUAGUAACAUGUGUUUUAUUGUAAUUGAUAAGAAUCUCAUUGAACAAGAUCUUGUAAGUUUUUUAUUCUUUUGUUUUUCUGUAUUUUUAAAAAAAAAUAACAUUUUUUUUUAUAUUAACACCGACUUAAAGUUAAAGUUAUAAGCGUUUCAUAAUGUAGUUAAUAACUUUACAUUCAAUUUAUAAUGUGCAAUAAAUUCCUUAUUUAACCUU